AUGACAGGCGGAAGUCAAAGAGGAAAUAUUUUUACCUAUGAGACUCUGGUCCACGCAAUAUCAGGAGCUGCUGGAAGUGUGGUUGCCAUGGCGACUUUUUUCCCGCUGGAUACUGUACGGAGCAGACUGCAGCUUGAGGAUGGAAGACAAUCCAAGAAUACACUGGCAACAAUUCGAGAGCUGGUGGCCAAGGAGGGACCAUACACACUCUACAGAGGGAUAAUUCCUGUUUUACAAAGUUUGUGUGCCAGUAAUUUUGUUUAUUUCUACACUUUCCACGGGCUUAAGCUUUUGAGAAGCUCAAGGAAUCAAACAGCAAAAAAUGAUUUGUUCGUCGCAUCUAUAGCUGGAAUUAUUAACGUCCUUGUAACAACGCCGCUGUGGGUUGUAAACACUCGUCUGAAGAUGAAGGGCAUUGGCGGAAUUCCCGAGAAGAAUAACAACGAGUACAAUAAUCUUCUAGAUGGAAUUAUUUACAUUUGGAAGUACGAGGGCAUUAAAAAGCUUUGGGCUGGUACUUUUGCCAGUAUGAUACUCGUUGCGAAUCCCGCAAUUCAAUUUAUGACUUAUGAAAGUAUCAAGAGAAAAGUAAACGCAUCUUUGGCUGGAGCGCAAACACCCGCCUGGAUCUUCUUCACUAUUGGAGCGAUCGCUAAAACUAUUGCCACUACUGCUACUUAUCCUUUGCAGUUGGUUCAGUCCAAACUUAGGCAUGGUCAUAAUUACGAAAACCUCUCAGCGAAUGCGGGAACAUUGCAGAUAUUACUCUACAUCUUGAAAAAACACGGGUUCGCUGGACUUUACAAAGGAAUGGAAGCUAAAUUGCUCCAGACUGUUCUCACCGCUGCACUUAUGUUUUUAGCGUAUGAAAAAAUUUCAAAAUUAUCGAGCCAGAAAAUGGAUGAAGAUGAUGAAGAGAACCUAGUCAAGGAUAUAACAUUCGCGGUUGUGAAUGAAUAA